AUGCCUGGAUUCUGGAAACGUUCCAUGGACGAAUUCAAACGCCAGGCCAAGAUCGCCGUCAAGAUGGAGGGCCUCCACGUUCCUACAAAACCAUAUCCAUUGAGCAAAUUCGAGCAGCCGGCCUCAGUCGAUCAAUGCAAAGUCAUGUGCGAUAGCGAUGUGGGAGGCUUCAGCAAGGCAAGCUUGACGUUCGUGGGCGGAGCACCACACAGCGAGAAGUUGCCGGGUGCCGCAGCAGAAGAAGAGGGCGACAAGGCGGGAGCUUUGGUGGAAGCACGAGAACCGGCACAUGCACUUUUCAAGGGCACAAUAUCGACAGAGCUGCCGCCCAACAAGCCGAAUAUUCAAAGAUCAGGAUAUGCUGGAUGGCGCACGAGAGACCGAGGAUUCUCGUUGUUCGGCAAGCUACUAUGGGACUUGUCACCAUACGCUUUCCUUUCGCUGCGGAUACGAAGUGAUGGGAGAAAGUACUUUGUCAACUUUCAGACGGAGUCGAUCGUACCUACAGAUCUGCACCAGCAUCUAUUGCCUAGUUAUACACCCGGCCAGUGGGAGACUGUGACGAUCCCAUUUAGUGCUUUUGUAAGAACCAACUACGGCCAGGUCGUGGAACCGCAGCGAGAAAUGAUGAGCACAAAGGUGCGCAGUGUUGGGAUCAGCUUGAUCGACCGAGUACCUGGACCCUUUGAGCUUGCUAUUGCAGAUGUUUAUGCCACCAACAGGCCGCCUGCCAGAGAGAACGGACGUUGA